UUUUUUUUUUCUCGCGUAAACAGGACUUUUAUUUUGGUUUGGCGACGUGACGUCACAAGGCUGCGCCGUGCUCCGGCUUUUGUUGUGAUUCGACUGAAGAAAGAGAAAGUCGUGCUGGAGCGACUGAGACCCAUGAGACACUGUUAUAAAGAUGGAGUUUAUUAAAGAAGAGAGUGAAGAUGUGAAGAUUGAAGAAGCGUUCAGAGUCAAACAUGAAGAUAGUGAUGACGAUGGAUUAGACCUGAUGGCAAUAAUAGAGGAGGUUCAAAAGCAGUAUAAGAAACAGGAGGAAGAUCAAUGUAAGGAUCAUGAUUUCAGUACUGGAGAAAAAACUGAAGAGACUUCCCCACAAACAAAAGCAAAGGAGACUCGAAUUCCACAUCGUCUCAUCUGUUCAGAGUGUGGAAGCUCUUUCAGUCAUCGAAGCGGCCUUAGAAUGCACAUGAGGAUUCACACUGGAGAGAAGCCUUUCACCUGCCCUCAAUGUGGAAAACGUUUCACUCAACAAGGAAACUUUCAAACACACAUGAGAGUUCACACUGGAGAGAAGCCUUACAGCUGUGACCUGUGCGGAAAGUGUGUCUCAACACAACAAAAACUUAACUAUCACAUGAAACGUCAUGUCAGUGAUAGGCAGAGGUUAAAAGAGGGCGAAAAUAAUUAAAAGUACCAUUACAUUAAUGAAAUUAUACUCAAAUACAAGUAAAAGUACCAGACUAAAAAUCUACUCAAGUAAAAGUAAAAAGUAGCUUAUUUAAAAUUUACUCAGAGUAAACAUUACUUUUUACAGGGUUCCUACGGGGUUUGGAAAAGUAUGGAAAAAAAGAAAGCAGAGUAUGGAAAAAUAUUUGUUUCCAGACCUUUGCCCCUAUUUAGUUUUUUUUUUUUUAUAUAAUAGAAAAUUCUGAAUUUAAUGAAAAUAAAUUUAUCAUACAAGACGUGAGGUUUCAUGGCAGCUGUUUAGUGAUUCUUUAGUGAUUGCCAAAUAUGACUGAAUGAAUUUAAAAUGCAUUUUUCAUUAUGCAAAAUGCAGGUUAGAAAUAGGGCUGGGCGAUUUUCCUGAUUUUAUCAAUUAAUUCAAAUGUAAUGUUUUGCCAUGAUUUUAUUUUUUUGAAAUUGAGGAAUCGCGAUUUUGAAUAGAAUAUUACCAAAUGUUAGAAUUAGACACUUUGGGAAGAUGCCAAUGAUAACAGUAAAGAGAAAAGAAUGAUUCAAUCGCGUGUUGGUGCACAUGAUUAUCGCUCACAUGUGACGCGCUCUGUGAAGGACCAUAAAUAUAUCGCUAAGUGCCAUUCACACAGAAUGCACUUUUGUGUUGACAAACAUGCGACGCGGGAAGUGGAAUAGGCAAAAAAUGCAAGACAAUUGUAACUUGAGCGCAACAGUCAAACAUGGCCAUGUUUACACAAAACAAUGGAAAAGCAUUUACAUUUACAUUUAAUCAUUUAGCAGACGCUUUUAUCCAAAGCGACUUACAAAUGAGAACAGUAGAAACAAUCAGACC